AUGGCGAUGUUUAGAUCUACUCGGGCGGUAUGGAGCUUGUCUAUUAUCUCGAUAAUAUUUAUAAAACGGAUUUCGUGUGAUCAGCGGUAUAAUUCUGGUUCAUACCAUUGUUCAUACGAGGAUAUCGAAAACGUUCCUUGUCCAAAGGAAUGUCAAUGUUACAGUUGGAGCUCGAACAAUGUAACGCAAAGAGGUGAUCGUUUUAUUGUGAAUUGCACUAGCAUGGAGCUACGUUAUCACAGCAGAAACAUAUUAAAGUCUCUCCCAUUUAACACUACUGAUUUACUAGUUAGUAAUUUCUUAAUUGACACGUUGAAUAGGGAAUCAUUUGACAGAGACAACAUACUUGGACCAAAUUUAACAAGUUUGGUACUUCGGGAAUGCCACAUUGGAUACAUAUCUGAGCAUACGUUCACAGCAAACACCGUGCAAGGAUUGCAUCAUCUUGACUUGAGUGAAAACAUAAUCAAACAUAUACAUAAACUCGCGUUUAUUCCUUUACAAAACAUCAGGACUAUCUCGUUAGCUAAUAAUUCCAUUCAAAAAAUUGAAAGACUUGAAUUUAAGAAAUCAAAUCAAGUCAAGCUGAUUAAUAUAUCCCAUAACAUGCUGACGGAAGUAAACCCUGGUACAUUUUACCACGUCCCAAGACUCAAGGUUCUGGAUCUUUCGUAUAACAAUCUCAAAACUUUACCCUGGGAUAAUAUUUCACAGCAGCUGCCGUCCUUAGAGGUACUUGAUUUAACAGGCAACCCUUGGAAUUGCUCUUGCGAAAUGAAGGACGUACUUAAAUUAAAUCGGUCAUUACUCAAUGAAUCUCGGGCUAAAUGUUUCGAUCCUCUACGGCUCUACGGAAUUUUACUGGAAGACCUGAACUCAGAUACAUUCUCAGAAUGCUACAUCACGGAAAAGUAUUUUGAGAUUACACAUACCAUGCUAUUGACAGUGCUGCUUUGCAUUACAAGUUUAUUCUCAAUGUAUUUAUUGGCAAUGUAUUUAUUCUUAGUGUAUUAUAUUCGUUAUAUUUGUGAACGGAUUGCGGCGGCAUUUCCAACAUUAAUAUCAUUAUUAGACUUAUUAUUAUCAUUUUUAAUUAAGAAACGUAGACGUAGGAUCGUUGGACAAAUUUCGUACAACCUUGACGACCCUCUUGAUCAGAGUGAAAAUGUUUACAAGGGAGGAUUGAAAGAUGGACGAAAAGCAGCAAUUAAGAAACAUCAUAAGGUAGAAAUCCGCAAGGAAUUGGAAAUCUUUCUCCUUUUGAAAAGACAAGCCCGACCACAUCCUAAUAUUAUUCAGUAUCUAUAUGUGGAGCAUGAUUCAAACUUCACAUACCUAGCCCUUGAACUCUGCGAGGGUAACCUAAUGACAGCUGUUAUUGAUGACCCACUGAAUUGCAUUUCACAGCUGACAUCGGCAGUUUGUUUCCUCCAUGACAAAAAUAUUCAGCAUCGCGAUAUUAAACCACAAAAUAUCCUUUGGAAGAAAACAGUCGAUGGAAUUGCAUUUAUUCUUUCGGACUUCGACUUGAGUAAAUUAGGCGAGGAACCGUCGUCGCAUAAAGUCAAGUGCGGAACUAGAGGUUGGAGUGCUCCUGAACUGUGGGGCCAAGAAACACGGUCAACUGCUGUAGAUAUUUUUUCUCUUGGUUGUGUGUUUCAUUUUAUUUUGACAAGGGGACAUCCUUUCGGAGCAAUUUCAGAUCUCAAAGAAUGUCAAGACAAUAUCAUGUCACCAGAGUACAAACCCACCUUAGCUGAACUAUAUGAACACCACAGUGAGCAUGAAGCUUCCAUGGUAGAAGAUCUUAUACGUAGGAUGAUCUGUUCAAAUGCUGCAGAUCGGAUACAAUCUCACAAAAUCAGGGAACAUCCUUUCUUUUGGUUUCGUGUCUAA